UUGAGUAGCGUAGCAGUUUUGCUGUCUGGUCUGCAACUAGUAGGACAUAGGGCGGAUUUCUGAGAGAUGGUGGAAGGACCGGGAUGUACCGCGAAUGGGGAGGAGAUUCGGGCGCGAGUUGUCCCGGGCCAGGCGGUAACCGGCGUGCGGGGAAGCGCUCUGCUGAGCCUGCCAGGGUUGCCCCGCGCAGACUCAGGGGCUGAUGCCUCCUUCCAGGCUGCUGCACUGAAUAAUAAUGAUUCCAGCUGGAAUUUCUUGAGACUGUUUCAUGGAUAUGUUUACAGUGGUGUGGAAACUUUGGGGAAAGAGCUUUUUAUGUAUUUUGGCCCAAAAGCUUUACGGAUUCAUUUUGGAAUGAAAGGCUCCAUCAUGAUUAAUCCACUUAAUUAUAAAACUAAAAAUAGAGUUUCUCCUGUUCUUGAAGUACAGCUCACCAAAGAUUUGAUUUGUUUCUUUGACUCUUCAGUGGAACUCAGAAACUCAGUAGAAAGCCAACAGAGAAUAAGGAUGAUGGAAGAAUUAGAUAUUUGUUCACCGAAAUUUUGUUUCUCAAGAGCAAAAAAUGAAGUUAAGAAGCAAAAUGGUCGAAUGCUAUGUGAUGUAUUAUUGGAUCAGAAAGUCUUACCUGGAGUAGGGAAUAUCAUCAAAAAUGAAGCUCUCUUUGACAGUGGUCUCCAUCCUGCUGUUAAAGUUUGUCAGUUAACAGAUGAGCAGAUCCAACACGUGGUGAAGAUGACACGUGAUUUCAGCAUUCUCUUUUACCGGUGCCAUAAAGCAAGAUGUGCCAUCUCUAAAUACUAUAAGGUUUAUAAACGUCCUAACUGUGAUCAAUGCCAUUGUAGAAUUACUGUGUGUCGCUUAGGCGAAAAUAAUAGAAUGACAUAUUUCUGUCCUCACUGUCAAAAAGAAAAUCCUCAACAUGUUGACAUAUGCAAACUGCCAACUAGAAAUACUAUCAUCAGUUGGACAGCCAAUACAGACCGUUAUGUAGACUCAGUGGCUCAGAAAUUCGAAGAGCAGUGGACAUGUGCAGUGUGCACCCUGAUAAACAAGCCCUCUGUGCAAGCAUGCGAGGCUUGCUUGACCCCCAGGCCUGUCGACUCAGUGCUCAAGAGUAAAGAAAAUUCUAUUGCCUGUACUAACUUAGUGAAGUACUCUUGUAAUAACUUUGGAAAGACACAUACAGAAGUGAAGAUCAACAGAAAAACUGUAUUUGGAACCACAACCCUUGUCUUGACUGAUUUUAGCAAUAAAUCCAAUACUCCGGAAAGAAAAAAAAGCCAAAACCAGUUACUAGAUAAAGAAUUUCACAACUCUUUGCCUACAGAUGUUUGCUUUAGUGGCACACAGCAAUCCUCUGACAAGAGAAUAGACUUUAUCACUCAGCUCCCUAACAAAGCAAUCAAAUCACCCAUGGUUUGCUCUUCAUCUAAAUUAUUUAGUCCAGCACAUAAAAAAUUGAAAACAACACACGACUCAUCACCAGAUCAUUUCAAAAAUUGCAAUCUUGGAGCUUCGAACAGGGCGCUCCAAACUAAUAUGGCAGGUAAUCCUUGCACCUUAAAUGCAAGCAGCCCUCGAUGCAGCCAGCACAACCGCCUCUGUGUUCUCCGAGUUGUGAGGAAAGAUGGAGAAAACAAGGGGAGGCAAUUCUAUGCUUGUUCUCUCCCUGGCAAAGAUCAAUGUGGAUUUUUCAAAUGGGCAGACUUAUCCUUCCCACUCUGCAAACAUGGCAAGCGCUGCAUCAUGAGAACAGUGUUGAAGAUUGGGCCAAAUAAUGGGAAGAACUUUUUUGUUUGUCCUCUUGGGAAAGAAAAACAGUGCAACUUUUUCCAGUGGGCAGAAAAUGGACCAGGAAUAAAAAUCAUUCCAGGAUGUUAAUAUUUUCCCUUUUCAUUGAAUAUGCAGGCAUUUAUUUAAUCUCUUCAAACUUUGCACAGUGAUUGCUACCUUGGUUUCAUAGAAUCGUUGUAGACAAUGAUGGGGGUAAACUAAGUAUUGCAUUAUUUGUUUUCGUUUGGGGGCGGGGGAGACUAUCAUCUCUAUGCUUCAGCUAUGGUUUUGUUCUUUUACAUCAAUGAGUACACUGUGCUUCAUAUUCCACCUAGAAUAUACAUUUGAAAUGAAAAUAAAGCAUUUUAGUAUGG